AUGUCUCGCCCCAAUCUACAGAGGAUGCAUCGAUUUGUUGACUUCAUCAACUCAGGCGAUGAAACUCUAGGGCAAGAGGUGGUUUCCGAAUCAGCCAUGUUCCACGUUCCGUUUUCGGAUACUCCACUGAAAGGAUUACCUGGAUACAUGCAAAUCCUUGGCAUGAUGCGCUCCGCGUAUCCAGAUAUCCAGUGGACGCUUGACGAUACAGUCAUCGAGGACGAUAGAAUUGUGGCGCAGUUCACUUUGCGUGGAACUCACGAAGGCGAGUUCUUCGGGGUUCCGCCUUCAGGGAAGAAAAUCGAGGCACGAGCUAUGAAUAUUUAUCGAUUCAAAGCUGGAAAGAUUGUGGAGGAGACUGGCUUGCCUGAUAUUUUUCGGAUAAUGCUGCAAAUUGGGGCUAUUAACCCUCCAGUUCCUCAAUAG